AUGAGAUUCGAGCCAUUGGAUACCGUGGAGAAGCUCUAUAUUGAUUUCCGUGACAUUCAUGUUGUUGGUAAAGAACGCUCACUUAAUGGAACUGCUCAAAUUCUUGAGGACAUGGAUGCCAAAAAUUUUCAAAUGUCUGUACAUUUUCAACACGAUUCCAAGAGGAAUAAUCAAUGGAGAAAUAUGUUGAACUCCAUACCCAUGAUGGACGUCUGCACAGCAAUGCGAAUGUUUGUGAGAACCUAUGGUAAUCCAACAUUGCGAAACGGUGAAAAUACCAAUCUACCAUUUACGGCUCAACAGUGUCCAUUGGAGCAGGGCACGUACUAUGUGAAGAACAUGUUGAUGAACACCGAUAACUGGCCGGAUAUAAUGCCUAUUGGUGGACUCCGGGGCACCAUGCGUUUCUAUAGACAUCACAAAUUGGUGGGCGGCUUUCGAUUAUCCAUCAAUGCAGAACGCCAACCCUUGUAAAUCUUAACUACACUAGAUC